AUGUGGCUCUCCCUCAAAAGGCUCUCUGGGAGGUAUUCGUGGUACGAACAACUCCCUGGGACUUUACCCGGUAAUGAUGCGCAUGCUUCACGAAAACGUAGACCGUCAUGUGGGCUAUCGGGAAGGACAUGGACAAAACUCGCUGCUGCACUGACUGUGCUACUCACGACCGCGUUUAUCGCUUCACGAAUAUACCGCAACGCUGCUGCUGGGCUCCCACUGCGUCUACCUUACAUCGCCUGGAGCCCGAUUGAGGAUCUGCCUCCGCUAUAUGAUCGAUUUCACCGAUACGAACUGCAGUUGCCUCAACAUCAGGCCAACUAUUCGUUGUCACAUAGCGACAGGAAAUAUCUAUGGGUUGCCAACCAUGCUCGCGGGGUCGGGUGGGGGAAUGUAAUGCAGGAGAUGUUACUCAACCACCAGUUGGCUCUUAAGGCUGGGCGUUCCUUUGUUUUCACAAAUUAUACGUGGGAUGACUCCGGUAAACCGUAUUCGAAUUUCCAUGGAUCAUCCAUUCCUUCCACUAUUCCUGUGUCUGCAUUGAUAAGAGGCCCUUCUGCGGGAGCUUCAAUAACAGGGGACGCUGAGGCGCCGCUUGCGGUCAAGAAAGAGUAUUGGGACAAAGUGUGCCCACAUCCAAAGUUGAUUCGCAAUGCGGAUGUUGUCUCGCGCUUUGACAGGGAACCAUCCGCCCAAGAGCUCCUCGAUGCCUGGGUCGAGGUGCUCACAUCUACCGAGGACCCCGUCUUCGGGAAUCGAGAUCGCCUCCUGGCCAUCUGGCCCUCGCUUUCCGCGAGCCCCGUGCUCACCGAGUUCGGCUGGUCGUCCCUCAUCGAGCUCGCAUUUGAUCAGAACCGUGAGGUAUUCGCGCCAACAGCUGUGCUUGAGUCCUACCUUACUGCCGAGCCGGUGACGACGCACGUCGCGCGAUACACUCCGAUUCCCGGCCUGCUCGCACUGCACGUCAGGCGCGGUGACUUUGCAGCGCACUGCAGGGGUCUCGCGGAGUGGGGCUCGACAUACGUCGGCUUCAACAGCUUCCACUCAUUCCCGGACACGCUGCAAGUCCCGCCGGACACGAAGGGGGCUGAUCGCAAGAAUAUUUACCAAUCGCACUGCUACCCCGAGAUCGCGCAGAUCGUGCGGAAGGUCCAGGAGGUCAGGAGAUCGGAGGCGGGGCAAGGUCUGAGACAUAUGUAUGUCAUGACAAACGGCGAAGAGCCAUGGGUUCAGCAGCUGAAGGCCGCACUGGCGCGCGAGGGACACUGGGAUAGCAUCGCGACGAGUAGGGAUAUCAUAGUGAAUGCGGAGCAGAAGUACGUGAAACAGGCGGUGGACAUGCUCAUCGGGCAGCGCGCACAGGUAUUUAUUGGGAACGGGAUGACUGCACAAGCUGACUACAAUUACCAGUUCUCGAGUCUUACUGGCCAAAUCAGCAUGUUACGGAUGGCCAAUGGUUUCGCACCAGGAAGCAUUCGCUUCUGGUAG